UACCUACCUAUCUAUCAUGAGAAGAUUUAUAUCAAAAUAUAUUUUUAUUGUUUAUACUGUUUCCAUCUUCCUUUAAAACAUUAACAGAAUCCACAAUAGGCUGAUAAUCCAGAGUCUCAAUUAUUGACAGUUAAGCUGAAAUUAAAUUAAAUACCAAAUGGGGAAAUAUUUUACUCAAAGUACACCCCUCAAGUAAGUCAGCAUGUAGGGGGAGGCCAUCGCAGCAGAAAACGGGGCUUGGAAUCAUGUUUUUGCUGGCAGAGUGCUUGGGCCACCAUAGGCACUCCCAACAUGAUUUGAUUUGAGUGACGUUAAGCUGGCCUCGCCCACCUUGGCCAGGCCUACCACACUUCCCUAAGGUCAAACACAACCCUGAUGAGGCCCUCAAUGAAAUUGAGUUUGUCACCCCUGACGUAGACACUUCCACACCCUGGACAAGCCCUAUAAAACUUUGUUGCUGCAUCUCAUUUUUCUGCAACUGCUCCUAAGGGCAAACUUUUUGCUUUUGCUAUUUGCUUUUAGGAAUAAAAAUGACUUCUUUCCUCACAACUUGUCUGUACCUCAUUUUUAUUUAUUCUUCUGCAACCCUGGCUCGAGUUGGAACCCCAAACUAUUCUUCUGACACUCUCUCUCUGUCUCUCUGUCCUGUUUAUGUUACCUAGUUUGGCAAUGAAACAUCUGCAAGAAAACAAGCAAGCUCAGCUUUUCAGAUACAUGCAAAGUGAUGAGUUAUCAAUAACUCAAACACCAUCAGAAUAUUAUUUGCCGAGACCCACCCCCUUCUGCUGUAGCUAGAGAAAUUGCUAUGGACACCCCAGUUAUAUUCAAGCAAACUCCUUUUAUCCCCUUAGCCUCUCAAAAAAGCCCCAUCAAGUUUACACUGUGCCAAAGAAAGAUUGACCUUGCCAAUGUCGUAACAAGCACAGAGAGGGCGAGGAGAAUUGAGCGUCUUGCUAUCCGUUUGGGGCCUUGCAGUGUGGAAGAUGAAAGUCCACCACCAGUGCAAGGUACAACUGUAAUAGGCCUCUGAAACCCAGCGGCAUUUCUUAAUAUCGUGGAAGCCAUGGAUAUCCUGGAGUUAGAUGCACAAUACAAGAGGAAAGUUGCUGGCAAUAAGAGAACCAUGCUGCUUAGGCUCCUGCCAUUUGUGGUCUCCUGCAUCAUCUAUUUCGUUCUUUUGCUCCCUGAGCCCAGUUUGAAGAGCACUGUCACAAAGUGCCUCCCCACGUUCUCCCUGGCGUUCUUCGUGGCCACUCAGUCCAAAAAUGGAGGCAACCUCAAACUGUAUUCCCGGUGGAUUUUCAUUGGUCUCUUGUUCGCAUGUGUGGGAGAUGCCUGCUUGGUAUGGCCAGAGUUCUUCCUUGCAGGAAUGGGUGCUUUUGUCAUCUGCCAUCUCUGCUACAUCGCAGCCUUUGGUCUGGUUCCCCUUCGACCUCUCACCUUCCUGGUCAUCCAGGGACUCGUGGCUGUCGGUUACGUGGUGAUCCUGCUGCCCUGUUUGUCAGGUUUCUACAUGUGGGUUGUGCUGUUUUAUUGUGGCCUCCUCGGGGCCAUGACCUGGCGUGCACUGUCUUGCUCCAAAUGGAUGGCUUCGGCGGGCAGCUUGAUCUUCAUCGUGUCUGAUCUGUUAGUUGCCCACGACAAAUUCUGCACCUCCCAUCCUCUUGCCCGUGUCCUGUACAUGAGCACUUACUACCUCGCCCAAGCCUUGAUUGCCCUCUCAGUAGAGUCUCCCAAAAAAUUUUCCCCAAAGGAGAACUGAGUCUUGAGUUGGACUUCUAGGUGGUGCUUCGGCAUCAAAACUUCCCCAGGGAUUCUGGAAUUCUCAGAUUCACACUUCUCAAGUUCAAUUAACUUCUGGAUGGGUUGAAACGACAACUCCCCAGGAUUCCCGGAUAGGAUGGGCCAACAGCUAUGAGUAAUCAGCAGCAGCUAUAUCCAUAGUCCCCAGCCAGUAGGGACUUUGUGGAUUCUCAAGAAUUGUAGGCCUAUAUUCAUGGAGGACACCACAUUAGAAGAAGUUCAGGUCAGAUUCCUUUCAAGAAGUCCAGGUUCUGAGUCCAGAUGGUUCUAAGAACAGCUGCCGUGUCCUCCACAUUUCCCAUCUUCAUUGUUAUUUCACAAUUUUCUUCCUGGGCGUGAUGAUGUCAAUAAUCUAAUAAUAAAAGGGCUAAUGACAAAAAGAA